CAUGUUUAGGAAACGAAACCGAAGGUUCAUAGAACCAAAGCGACCCGACGUGGAAGUAGAAAAAUAACACGCAUUUUGGAGCAAAUAGUCUGACAGACAGAAACCACAACUAGGAUGGCCUCUGCUAACACUUCCUGGUCUGAAGAGAACCUUUCAUGUACCAUCUGUCUGGAAGUGUUCAACAGUCCAGUUUCCACACCAUGUGGACACAACUUCUGCAGUACCUGUAUUAAUAAUUUCUGGGACGAAAAACUUGAGUAUAAAUGUCCCCUCUGCAACAAGCUUUUCCACACUCGACCUGAUCUACGGGUCAAUACCCUCUUAUCAGAGGUGGUUGAUCGGUUUGGAAUGUCCGUACGAGUAAAAGAGGAGCCUUGUGUUGAACCAGGAGAAGUUCCCUGUGACGUCUGUACUGGGACCCAGCAGAAGGCUGUGAAGUCCUGCCUAGAGUGUUUUAUGUCUUUCUGCCAAACCCACCUGGAGCCACAUCAGAGAGUCACAGUCCUGAAGAAACAUCGGCUGGUCGAGCCUAUGGACCGUCUGGAAGACAGGAUGUGCGAAAAACACGACAGAAUCCUGGAGCUCUUCUGCAAGAAUGACCAGGUGUGUGUGUGUCUGUUGUGCACAGUGACGGACCACAAGUCACAUCCUGUUGUCCCUCUGAAGGAGGAAUAUGAAAUGAAGACGGCCCAGCUGGGGAAGAUAGAGGCUGAAGUUCCACAGAUGAUCCAGGAGAGAAAACUAAAGAUUAAGGAGAUCAAAAACACAGUAGAAUUGAGCAAGAAAGGCGCAGACAAAGAGAUAGCUGAUGCUAGGCAGGCUCUCACUGCUCUGAUAGGCUGUGUUGAAAAGUGCCUGGAUGAUUUCAACCAAAUGGUUAAAGAGAGGCUGAAAUCCACAGAGAAACAAGCUGAAGACCUCAUCAAAGGGCUGGAGCAGGAAGUAGUAGAUCUGACCAAGAGAAUGUCAACGGUGAAGCAGCUCUUACACACUGAAGACCACCUCCACUUCCUCAAGGCCUUCAGAUCCCUGAAGGAUCCUCCACCCAACAGAACCUGGUCGACGGUUGCUGUCCAUCCUCCGUCUUACGAAGGAGCCUUAGGGAAGUCCCUGGAUCAGCUGGAGGAGACGCUGAACGUCGAGAUGAAGAAGCUGCGUUCUGGUGAUGAACCGAAGAGGGUCCAGAAGCAUAAAGUUGAUGUGGCGACGCAGCUGCUGCCUCGGGUGAGGAUCAGUCGCCCCUCCUUGUGGCUCGACGAUUGAAAAAGCGUGCUAAAG